AUGAAUCUGAAUUUCGAAUACAUUGCUGCUCAUAUCAGUGAUUAUAUUCAAAACGAAAACUUUUUUGAUACAUUCGAUAUAGAAGAUAUCAAAACAAUCAUGAAAUAUUUACGAUUGACAGCUGAUCAGUUCAUUACUCUUCUAAAGCAGUCCUCAUCAACUAUUAACGCAAGGAAUUUAUAUUUCUGCACACAAAAAGCAAAUGUUACUAUCCAAAAUUUCGAAGACGUUGUUUCAAUUCUUAAAUCUGUUAAAAAGUACAUGAAAUUCAAUAUAUUUGAUGGAAUCAUUAAUGUUUUCAUUCAAAAAGACAAAGAAAUGAAUGAUUGUACAGAAGAAAUUAAAAAACUUCAAGCAGAAUUAAAAAAAUUUCAAAAUCAAGUACAAAAUGCAACUAAAGAAACCACAGACACUCAAAAUAAUGAAAAUCACAAAGUUUCGAAAGAGUUUUUAACCAAAAUCUCUGAACUUAAGAAAUCCAAAGAUUUUGAUAAUGUUUACAAAUUCUUUGAAGAACUUUCUUCGAAAGGUGAUCGAGAAUUGAUAUCAAAGGCUUGUGAGGAAGGACUUUGGAAAAAGACAAGUUAUAGAAGUUAUAAUGUACUUCAUUAA